UCCGGUUGCUGUCAACCCUAUUCACAGCCUCUUUCCUCUGCGUGAAGCCGAAGAAACCUCAAGACCAGAAUCUCACCAUGUCUAUUCUCAAGAUCCAUGCCAGGGAGAUCUUCGACUCUCGUGGAAACCCCACAGUUGAGGUUGAUCUCCACACUCAUAAAGGUAUCUUCCGAGCUUCUGUACCUAGUGGAGCUUCUACUGGCAUUUAUGAAGCCUUGGAACUCCGAGAUGGAGAUGAAACCUGCUUCUUGGGCAAAGGUGUCUCAAAAGCUGUUGCACAUAUCAAUGAUACCAUCGCCCCAGCCCUGAUUAACAAGAAAAUGAAUGUUAUGGAGCAAGAGCAUAUUGACAAAUUCAUGAUAGACCUGGAUGGCACGGAGAAUAAAAGUAAAUUUGGAGCCAAUGCAAUUUUGGGAGUGUCUCUAGCUGUUUGCAAGGCUGGAGCUGCUGAGAGAUGUAUCCCUCUAUACCGCCACAUUGCUGACCUUGCUUGCAAAGAGGAGCUCUUUCUACCUGUACCAGCCUUCAACGUGAUCAAUGGUGGCUCCCAUGCUGGUAACAAGCUGGCCAUGCAGGAGUUCAUGAUCCUCCCCAUUGGGGCACCCACCUUCAAGGAGGCCAUGCGCAUUGGAACUGAGGUCUACCACAACCUGAAGAAUGUGAUUAAGGAAAAGUACGGACAGAUUGCCACCAGUGUAGGGGAUGAGGGCGGCUUUGCUCCUAACAUCCUGGAGAAUAAAGAAGCUCUCGAUCUGUUGAAAGAUGCAAUCGCCAAGGCUGGCUACACAAAUGAAGUGGUCAUCGGCAUGGACAUCGCUGCCUCAGAGUUUCGCCGAGAUGGAAAGUACGACCUGGACUUCAAGUCUCCCGACGACCCCAGCAGAUAUGUCACUGCUGAGGACCUGAUGGAAAUGUACAAGUCUUUCAUCAAGGACUACCCAGUGGUAUCUAUCGAAGAUCCUUUUGACCAGGAUGAUUGGGAACCUUGGAAAACUUUCACCGCUAAUGCAGGCAUCCAGGUGGUGGGGGAUGACCUUACAGUGACUAAUCCUACACGCAUUAAAAAGGCCAUACAGGAAAAAUCGUGCAACUGCCUCCUGCUCAAAGUGAACCAGAUCGGCACUGUUACUGAGGCCAUUAAGGCGUGCAAGUUGGCCCAGGCUAAUGGGUGGGGUGUAAUGGUUUCCCAUCGUUCUGGGGAGACAGAAGACUCCUUCAUUGCAGACCUAGUGGUGGGUCUCAGCACUGGCCAGAUUAAGACUGGUGCCCCUUGCCGAUCUGAGCGCCUGGCCAAGUAUAAUCAACUUCUCAGAAUUGAAGAACAGCUGGGCAGCAAGGCUAAAUUCGCUGGUAAGAACUUCAGAAACCCCAGUGUAACUUGCCAGAAGAGUAGCUCUCCCAAAAUCACCACCCUAGCAAUUUUUAUGUGCCAUGUCAAACGCUCCCGGUAACCCACAGGAAAAACUUGGCUGCAUCUCUGGAGGAACAAGGCUAAUAAAUCAUCUUCCUACCCCUUUGUCAUUCAAAAAA